AUGUGCCUUCCGGCCGCGCGCGAGGAGGCGGUCGUCGCGGUGCCGUUCCCGCGCGCGCACUUUCUGCUCGUCCUCUUCGUGUGCCUGGCCGACGGCGUGGUCAUCACCUUCCUGGUUCCGAUGGUUCCCUUCAUGGUCCGCGACUUUGGCGUGCCCGAGGCGCAGGUCGGCUCUGCCGCCGGCCUCGUCGCGUCCGUCUACAACCUGGCGCAAAUCUUCUCCGGGCUCCUCUGGGGCCGCGCCUCCGACCUCAUCGGACGGCGUCCCGUCAUCAGCUUCGGAAUAGUGGCGGCGGCGGCGAGCACGCUCGGCCUCGGCGUCGCAACCUCGCUCCCUGCCGCGCUCGCGACGCGGUUCGUCGGAGGGCUCCUCAACGCGAACCAGGCGGUGCUGCGUGCACAGUUGCGAGAGCUCAUGCCGGAGGAGCACCGGUCGCAGGCGUUCGCAUCGCUCGGGCAGGCUUGGGGGGUCGGCUUCAUGCUCGGUCCUCUGAUCGGAGGCUCGCUGGCGCGGCCGGCGGCGGUGCUGCCCUCCCUCGCCGGCUCGCCCCUCGACGUGUACCCGUACCUCCUUCCGAGCCUCGCCGCUGCCGCCCUCUGCCUGCUCGGCACGCCGGCGGCAAGGGCCCUCCCGCUCGUGAAAGCCUUCUCAAUGAAGUCACUAAUCGCGUAG